AUGGGAUGGGUGAGGAGUGUGUUGCAGAGGGAAAAGAAAAUCAAACAGGACGAUAAUGUUGCUGGUCGUGGCAAUCGUGAGGGUCUUUUCAACGUAUACCGCAGUUUUCCGGUGAAAAAGUACGGCAAGAUGAAAAGAGGUAUUGGUCAGGGGAUCUCGAGCAAAGUAUUUCUUUAUGAAAGCAAUGAUAUGGUGUAUGCCGUGAAGUGUUUUGUAAAGAAGAACUUGAAGGAUGUCGACGAUAUGAAUGCGAUCGGGAAAGAGGUAGAGAUCCACAAAGGAGUCGACGAUGGCUAUCACGUGGUAAGACUCGUGGAGUCCUUCCGGGUGAGACACGAGCAGUUCUGUGUUGUUCUGGAGUAUCUCCCCUGCACGUUACAGGCACUGUACACGACGUAUGGCCCCAUGCUGGACCAGGCAGACCGGUUGUGCUAUUUCAAACAGGUUGCCGAAGGCCUUUACUACUUGCAGUCAAACGGCAUCGGACAUCGAGAUAUCAAGCUUGAGAAUUGCGGUAUCGACCCUCAAGGUGACCUCAAGCUGUUCGACUUUGGAUCUGCUACGAUGGGGAACGUCGGUUACGGAAUGGCAGGGUCGCCAUCGUACGCUGCUCCGGAGAUCCAUGCCCAGCUCAUGUACGACUCCUUCAAAUGCGAUGUGUGGUCUCUCGGGAUCCUGCUCAUCAAUCUGUUCUACGUGUCGAAGCAAAAGUGGAAGAACGCCAGACACGACGACAAAGCAUUUAUCUCUUACAGGCGGCACCCCACUCUCGAGAACGCCGUCGUUUCGGUUCGCCGAAUAGCUAACGACCAGGACCCUCAGUACGUGGCCAACAAGAGCCCCGUCGACAGUCUGAUACUGCAGUUGCUCACGGUCAACGUCGACCACCGGAUCGACCUUUCCGAGCUCGUAAAUAAUCAUCUCUGGUUCCAACAGAUCGAUUGUUGCAGAGACCGCCGUGGAGCGGGACAUGCUCAUCUCAAGGCUGUCGCCAGAAUGACAGCCGCAGCCUCCUCCGCCCCCUCUCUUUCCCCCUGUUCUGAAGUCUCAUAG